ACCCGGGUCGGCUGCGUGCAAGGCAAAUGCCCUACCCGCUGUGCUAUCUCUCCAGCCCCUAUUGAUUACAUUCUAAUUGAGAGCUGUUGCAUUGUAAGCAAGAUCUUGCAAUUAAUUGAAAUAUUGAUAAUUAUAUGUAUAUAUUCUUUUUUUAAAAAAUUUUUAUUGAAUCACCAUAUGGAAAGUUACAAAGUUCUCAGGCUUAUGUCUCAGUUAUACAAUAUUCAAACACCCAUCCCUUCACCAGUGCCCAUAACCUUUUUUUUUUUUUUUUUUUUAAUGGCUGUACUUAAACCUGUACUCUCUCACCAGCCCCAGGGUUUAAAUUUCAUUCCUUUCUUUCAGUUUUAGACCAUACCCUGUGCUGCUUUGGGCUUACUCCUGGCAGGGCUUGGGGGACUAUAUGAGGUGAGGGGAUCAAGCCCAGGUUGGCAAACGCUGUACCUGCAGUACUAUGGCUCCGGCCCAGGGUGUGCUUCUUAGGAAUAUCAAUGGAACUGCUGGAGGCACAGGUGUGGCCCAGGAGGAUGGUGCUGAGUGGUAAAGCCACCGCUGUCCUCAGAAAUGGAGGUGGGGGAACCUGUCUAUUCCAGGCCCCGCUGCCUGCGACGCUGAGUUUCAGAGAGUUGGAGCAUAUGUGUUGCAUACAAGAGCCCUGGGUUCAACCAACCCUCACCACCACACGGUCCCUACAACACCUUCAGGAGAAAACCCUGAGCUGAGCCUCCAAGCAUAGCCUCAUGCCCCUGCCCGUCCCCACCUAGCUUGGCCAAAAAGCUGGUUGCAGUGGUGAGCAAGGACGGGGCCUUAGGCUGCAGAGCGACCUGCCCAGCUCUGAGGUAGCGCUGGCUUUUGGUUUUGCUUUUUGUUUUCAAGUCCCAGGGGCAUUUCAUGGGCUCCACCAGCACCUGAGGAGAGAAGCUUCCAGGAGGGGCUGGGCCAGGAUUUCCCCCUCACACUGGAGAGGCCAGCAAGGAGGAAUUUAUCAGAAACCAACUUUCCUCCGGUGCCUGGGAAAGGGGAAUUUGGAAAGCCUGAGCCUGCACCCACACCAGAGCCCACUUCUUUGGGUUCCCAGAGAGACUUUCCCCCCAUAGAGACUAACCGGCGCCGGGGCGGAGCUGAGAGCCGCUCCAGAUGUCUGGGCGCGCACAGCUGGACGGUCACGUGGCAGCGCCUUCGGUCCCCCUUCCUGCCAGCGCUGCAUUUGGCCCAGGCCCCUGUCCAUGGCCGCCCUGGGGACCCUGCGCUGAGCCCUGCAGGCCGGGGCGUCUGGGGCUGAGCGGGGCGCGGGCGCAGGCCGAGUGGACAUGAGGCGGAGGCUGUGCCUGCGCAGGGACGCGUCGCUCACGCUGCUUCUGGGCGCCGCCCUCGGCCUCCUGCUCUACGCGCAGCGGGACGGGGCGGCCCCGACCACCGCCGCGGCGCCGGCUUCCUCCCUGGCAGCUCAAGGGCUCACUCCCAGGCCCCGCAAAGCCCAGGCCUCACUGGCCACGGGAGCGGCCCCACUGGCCUACGAAGGCGACACGCCGGGACCGCCCACGCCCACGGGACCCUUUGACUUCGGCCGCUAUCUGCGCGCCAAGGACCAGCGGCGCUUCCCGCUGCUCAUCAACCAGCCGCGUAAGUGCCGCGGCGCGCGGCCGCACCUGCUCAUCGCCGUCAAGUCGGUGGUGUCAGAUUUCGAGCGGCGUCAAGCCGUGCGCCAGACGUGGGGGGCUGAGGGUCGUGUGCAAGGGGCGCUGGUGCGCCGCGUGUUCCUGCUGGGCUUGCCCAGGGGUGCAGACCCCGCGGGGCCCGACUGGGAGCGCCAGGGCUGGCGAGCAGACUGGCUCUCCCUGCUGCGAGCGGAGAGCCGCGCCUACGGGGACAUCCUGCUCUGGGCCUUUGAGGACACUUUCUUCAACCUAACGCUCAAGGAGAUCCACUUCCUGGCCUGGGCCUCGUCCUACUGCCCCGACGUGAGCUUCGUUUUUAAGGGCGACGCCGAUGUGUUCGUGCACGUCGGAAAUCUUCUGGAGUUCCUGGCGUCCCGGGACCCGGGCCAGGACCUGCUUGCGGGUGACGUGAUCGUGCAGGCGCGGCCCAUCCGCGUGAGGAGCAGCAAGUACUACAUCCCGGAGGCCGUGUAUGGCCUGGCGGCCUACCCGGCCUACGCGGGCGGCGGCGGCUUUGUGCUGUCGGCAGCCACACUGCACCGGCUGGCCGCCGCCUGCGCGCAGGUCGAGCUCUUCCCCAUCGACGACGUCUUCCUGGGCAUGUGUCUGCAGCGCCUGCGCCUCACCCCUGAGCCUCACCCUGCUUUCCGGACCUUUGGCAUCCCCCAGCCCUCAGCCGCCCCCAACCUGCGCACCUUCGACCCUUGCUUUUACCGCGAGCUGGUAGUAGUGCACGGGCUCUCAGCUGCUGACAUCUGGCUCAUGUGGCACCUGUUGCACCAGCAGAAGGGGCCAGCAUGUGCGCAGCCACUGCCUGCAGCUACUGGCCCCUUCCAGUGGGGCCCCUAGCCAAUGACCACAGCCCCAAGGGCCGCUCAUUCACACUCAGGAUGCAGGAGGUUUGAAGGUGCUUUCCCGGGCAAAUUAUUUCAUUGUCUUCCUUACCCACAAGGGCAUAGUUUAGGAUCCAACCCAGAUUGUCAGGUGUCUUCCCUGGGUUCCUGGCAAUCAGGGUGAUUUGGGUCACCCCUCUGGGAGCCCAUCUAGGACUAGCCCUUCAAGGAAGGCAGGGCUGUUGAGGUGGGACACCAGGGCGUGUGUGUGUGUGUGUGUGUGUGUGUGUGUGUGUGUGUGUGUGUGUGUAUACAUGUACAUACGGACAGAGCUGCUGAGUUAUGAACACUGGGCUCUGUGUGUGUGUGUGCAUGCACGUGUACGAUGCAUGUGUGUGCGUGUUCCCUGGUUUAGAGCUCCCGGGAUGAUGUAGACGAAGAUAAACUUUUCUCAGGUGGAAACCCAGCGAGGAAUGGGGAUUGGCCAUAGUCCCGGAACUGCCAAGCAUUCUGCCGCAUCUUAACCCGAGAGCAAGCAUCCCCUCCCCUCUCCCAUAUGGGAUUUCCAGUCCAGCCUUGGUCUUCUGGUCUCUGAGGCCUGUUUCCCAGGAGCCAAGUCCUCUGCCCUGGCUUGGCAGAACAUGAGGGACAGAGGCACACACACCCCAUCACCAAAGAACUCACAUCACACAAGUGUACUGGUCUCCUUCAGAGAGCUGGGAACUCCUCCCCCUAAGAUGAACCCAGCUAUGAAACCUGUAUUCUCCAACCACGUCUUCCUCCAAAAAACAAACAAAUCACCCACACUUAUUUUAGUACAAACAUCCCAGCAACGGCACAUGGUGAGCCAUUGCUGAGGGCAUAGAUCUUUAUUGGAGGGGAUAUGGGCAGGGGGUGAGGAAGGUUCCCCCAUUCUGGGAAUUGAGGACAGUGCUGGCUGUCCCUGACGGUGGGCUGUGUGUGGGUUCUCUGGUCAGAUCAGUCCAGAUGGGAAGACACCAGUCACAAAGUCAUGGGAGCGCCACACAAGCCUAGCUAUAGGCCCAGUAACCAGACCGCAGGCAGGCCCUGCACAUUCAUCGUUAACUAUACAGGAUGAGGCUGUACAUGAGUUAAUUACAAAACAGUCAUAUUUACAAAAUUCUGUACACACAUUUGAAAAACUCACAAAAUUGUCAUCUAUGUAUCACAAGUUGCUAGACCAAAAUAUUAAAAAUGGGAUAAAAUUAUACAUUUCUCUUCUCAAUUCUUUUCAAAAGGAUUAAUAUUUGUAAAGUACAUAUGCUACUUUCCUCAGCAAGACUCAUGGAGACCAAGAAGUCCAGUCCUCCUUGAGUCCUCAGAGGCCUUGAGCCAAGACUGGGCCAGCCAGGGGACAGUGGCCAGGGUCGGGGCAGGGGAGCCAGCCCACAGUGCGGGACACAAUGUGGAAACGCAACGAAGGAAGAUGUCUUUGGCUAAAACUUUGGCAUUAAAUAAAAGAGGCAAACAGGAUGGAAACAUGCAGCCCUGCCGGCCAGAUUGGGGCAGAACGGGGGCACAGGUUGACUUGAAGGCUGACUUCAAGAUGGGUGGGAACCAGGCCUGGGUACACACCAGGAUGGUAGAAAAUAGUUUCCACCAUUGUGCAGUACCUCCGAGGCCUGGCAAGGGAGCGCGUGCAGGAAGGAAACGAGGAAGGGCAGGUGGGCCACACUGGCCACAGCCAGUUCAUCAAGUAACUAAAGUAGAUGUAGUGCAAAAGUCGCAACCAAGUACUAUGGACAUGCUACCUGCUUGCCUUAAGGGUCACGUGGCCAUGCUGGGCCAAAGGCAGGACCUGUCCUCGUCCUGGUACCUGUGUCUUCAGCCACAGAAAGAGCCCAGGUUUUCCCAGUGGGCAGGGGGUGGGGAGACAGAACCCUGCCUCCGAACAUAGAGCUGAGAGCUCCUGGUCCAGGUAUCCAGGCUCAGAGUUUGUGCUUCUCUUUGCAGUCUGUGUUUCCUGUUGGCACCAGCAGGCUGAGGACGGACGGAGGAAAAUCUGGGCCUCUCCCCUAAGUGCAGCGAACCCAGCCUGAGCCCCACCCCAACAUCACAACAACCGUCAAUACUGGCAAGGUGUCUGAGAAAACCCACAGGGUGGCACUUGGCAGCCCACUGAGCAGGAGGUGAUGCACAGUUCGAGAGGGCAGAGGGGCAUGGGUGGCGAUGUCCCUAGGAGAGCUCUGCUGGUCUCAGGUAGGCACCAGGCCUGGGGGGGCCGUACAGAGUCACCGAGGCAAUGUGAUUAUUCUGCAUGAC